UUUUCUUGGAUCCUGUGAGAAACAUCGCCACUGUUACGCAUAUUUAUCAGUUUGGUGGCCAAAGAUAAAGGAAACAAGGAAUGAUGAAAAGUAGAAGAAAAAGAAAAGGAAAAAGAAUUCCCAAGAAAACCAAAAGUAUAUCGACAUCAGACAAAGGUAGAAUACUGAUCAGGCGGUGAGAGAGAGAGAGAAAGAGAGCAAAGUGGAGGGAUGAUGUAGCGAGAAGGAGCAAAAAACAGUUCCCACUCAUACUGUACUAGCAGCAGUAGCAGUAGUUCUCUUUCUUUCUCUCUCUCUUUUUUGGUUUUGUUUUCCGUAUGCCCACCAACACAACCCACUGAACCAACCAAAACAAUCAUCAUCAUGAAACAUCCUCUGCGCCCAGCACUCCAAAAAAGAAGCUCUCUCCCUCAUCAAAACCUCCCUUCCCUUAAAUUUACCCUGCUGCUCUCAAACCCAACCCCAAUCUCAACCCAUACACCAAAACGAUGAAACUUCUUUUUCUUUUUCUUAUCUCCUUCACCUGUCCAGUUUUCUCUGCUCCCACAGCAGUCCCUCCUCAGCUACUCUCUCUUCUCGCUCUCAAAUCCGCUCUCAAAGAUCCUCUCUCCACCUUCCAUGACUGGGAUCCGACCCCUGCUUUCUCUAAGCCCAUUCCCCAAAUCGACCCGGUUUGGUGUUCCUGGUCGGGCGUCAAAUGCCACCCUAAAACCGCACAAAUCGCCGCCCUCGACCUCUCUCGCCGCAAUCUCUCCGGUGCAAUUCCGUCCGAAAUCCGGUACCUGUCGCGGUUGACCCACUUGAACUUGAGCGGCAACAACUUCGAUGGGCCUUUUCAAACUGCCAUUUUCGAGCUGGCUGAGCUUAGGGCCCUCGAUAUCAGCCAUAACAACUUCAACUCAACUUUCCCACCUGGGAUUUCAAAGCUUAAGUUCUUGCGCUUUUUCAACGCUUACAGCAACAGCUUCACCGGUCCACUCCCGAAAGACCUCGUCCAUCUCCGGUUCCUCGAGCAGCUCAAUCUCGGAGGAAGCUACUUCGGUGGUACUAUACCACCGAGCUAUGGCGAUUUUCCUAGGCUAAAGUUUCUGGACCUGGCUGGUAAUUUGUACUUGCAAGGUCCGAUACCACCGCAAUUGGGCUUUUUGAGGCAGCUCGAGCGCAUGGAAAUCGGCUACAACGCGCUCGAAGGUGGGGUGCCCGUGGAAUUAACGUUCUUAUCUAAUCUCAGGUACUUGGACAUUUCCAAUACCAAUGUCUCUGGCACUCUUGCACCUGAAUUCGGGAACCUGACGAUGCUUGAGGAGUUGCUGAUAUUCAAGACGUCGAUUUCGGGCGAAAUACCGGCGAGUUUCGUGAAUUUGAAAGCUCUAAAGUCUUUAGACCUGUCCGAAAACCAGCUAUCAGGGACGAUUCCUAAAGAAAUUGCCACCUUGGAGGGACUCACCAGGAUCAGCCUAUUGAACAACCAGCUAAGCGGCGAGAUACCGGAAGGUAUCGGCGAGUUACCGGAACUUGACACGUUACUCCUGUGGAAAAACUCGCUAAACGGAAGUGUCCCUCAAAAGCUGGGCUCCAACGGCAAGUUACAGCAUCUGGACGUGUCGUCGAACUCGCUCACGGGUCCGAUCCCACAAAAUCUCUGCCUCGGAAACAAGCUCUUCAAGCUCCUUCUCUUCUCCAACCGCCUGGUCGAUCAGCUGCCGACAUCGCUGACCAACUGCACCUCCUUGGCUCGGUUUCGGAUCCAUAACAACCAGCUCAACGGCUCCAUCCCGUAUGGUUUUGGAUCCUUGCCGAACCUCACCUACGUCGACCUGAGCGCCAACUACUUCUCGGGCCCCAUUCCCGAAGAUUUAGGCAAUGCCAUCAAUCUGGAGUACCUCAACAUCUCCCAGAAUCAAUUCGACUCCGUUUUGCCCGACAAUCUCUGGAACGCCACCUACAUGCAGAUCUUCUCCGCCAGUUCCGCCAAGCUCAUCGGCAAAAUCCCAGACUUCGUUGGGUGCCGAAGUCUCUACCAGAUCGAGCUCCAAGGCAACUCUCUCAAUGGUUCCAUUCCUUGGGAUAUCGGCCACUGCGAGAGGCUUCUGACUCUGAACCUGAGCCGCAAUUCACUGACCGGUAUAAUCCCCUGGGAGAUCUCCACGCUUCCCUCAAUCACCGCCGUCGAUCUUUCGCGUAAUUUUUUGACGGGCACGAUCCCCUCCAACUUCGGUAACUGUUCCACACUGGAGAGCUUCAACGUCUCCUACAAUUUGCUAACCGGACCGAUCCCCUCGUCCGGCACGAUCUUCUCGAGCCUCCAUCCGUCGUCGUUUUCGGGGAAUGAGGGUCUGUGUGGUGGGGUUUUGGCAAAGCCCUGUGCGGCUGACACGUUGGGAGUAGGUGAGAACGAGGUUCACAAGGAGCAGCCCAAGCGGACGGCUGGGGCUAUCGUUUGGAUAAUCGCGCUGGCCUUUGGGAUUGGCCUGUUCGUUCUGGCCGCUGGGACCCGCUGUUUCCACUCCAACUACAGCCGUCGAUUCAGCGAAGACCGCGAGAUUGGACCGUGGAGAUUGACCGCCUUCCAGCGGUUACACUUCACGGCGGACGACGUCAUCGAGUGUUUGUCCACGACGGAUAAGAUUCUGGGGAUGGGGUCCACGGGAACAGUUUACAAGGCGGAGAUGCCAGAUGGUGAUGUCAUAGCUGUGAAGAAGCUCUGGGGCAAGCACAAGGAGACAGCACGUAGGAGAAGAGGGGUGUUGGCUGAGGUGGAAGUGCUGGGAAACGUGAGGCACAGGAAUAUAGUGAGAUUGUUAGGGUGCUGCAGCAACAGGGAGUGCACCAUGCUGCUUUACGAAUACAUGCCAAAUGGAAAUUUGGACGAUCUAUUGCAUGGGAAAAACAAGGGCAAUAAUUUGGUGGCUGACUGGGUUACCAGGUACAAGAUUGCACUCGGGGUGGCUCAGGGGAUUUGCUACCUCCACCACGACUGUGAGCCGGUGAUCGUGCACCGCGAUCUCAAGCCAAGCAAUAUUUUGUUGGACGGUGAGAUGGAGGCCAGGGUGGCAGAUUUCGGCGUGGCAAAGUUGAUCCAGAGCGAUGAGUCAAUGUCGGUCAUCGCUGGGUCAUACGGCUAUAUUGCGCCAGAAUAUGCUUAUACCCUACAAGUUGAUGAGAAGAGUGAUAUUUAUAGCUAUGGGGUGGUGUUAAUGGAGGUUUUGAGCGGGAAAAGAUCGGUAGAUUCUGAGUUUGGCGACGGGAAUAGCAUUGUGGAUUGGGUAAGGUCGAAGAUAAAGAUUAGGGAUGGGAUCAAUGACAUCCUGGACAAGAAUGCCGGCGCAUCAUGUUCACCGGUCCGGGAGGAAAUGAUGCAAAUGCUUAGAAUUGCAUUGCUUUGCACUAGCCGGAAUCCGGCCGACCGACCCUCCAUGAGGGAUGUUGUGUUGAUGCUGCAAGAAGCUAAGCCCAAGAGGAAAUUGCCGGAGAGUGUGCUCGGCGGUGGCGGUCGUGAUAAUGGUGGUGGUGAUAUUCCUUUGGCACAAAAGCCUGUCGCGGAAUGUAAUUAAUAUGAAUAUUGGUUUACUGGGUUUUUUUUUUUUUUUUUUUUUUUUUUUGGGUUACUUUUUAAAUUGCGGGGGAUUGGUAUAGGAGAAGUAAUUUUUCUUUUUUGGCUUUCAAUAUGAAUUUUCAUGUUUUCUUGCUCUAUUUUCUUUCUACAAUAUUGUUAUAAUUAUGACCUUGGGUGUGUUGCUGCUUAUAUAUAUAUAUAAAUUAAGGCUGUAAAUCAUGGUUA